UGACGUAUAUUAGAACAGUUUUAAUUUUAUUAUUAGGGGUAACAUGGGUAAAUUCAUUUAUAGAAAAUAGGUAUAGAAUGCUGAACGAUGGCAACUUAAUACCAACAAUUGCCUAUGGAACUGACACGAAGACGACACGUGAACAUAUAAUAUGGGCAGUAGAAGCUGGUUUCCGUCACAUAGAUACAGCUAAAAUGUAUGAAAAUGAAGAAGAAGUCGGUAAAGGAAUAGCUGAUCUUAUACAUCGCGGUGUGAUAAAGCGAGAGGACAUUUUUAUUACUACUAAACUCUUAAAUACGAACAACAGUCGCGAUGAAGUGGUGCCAGAACUGAAGGGUUCCUUACAAAGACUUGGCUUGGACUACGUCGAUCUCUAUUUGAUUCACAGUCCGAUGGCUGAAACGGGGAGUGGUGAAUUUCUAUGUACAGACUACGUAGAAGUAUGGAGAGGUAUGGAAGAAGCAAAGAGCUUGAAGCUGGCCAAAUCCAUUGGUAUUUCAAACUUCAACAGUAGACAGAUUAACAGAAUUUUGUCAAACUGCAAUGUUGUCCCUGCCGUUAACGAAAUAGAGGUAAAUCCAACAUACGCCAAUAUGCCACUAGUCUCCUAUUGCCAGCAACAUGGCAUCAAUGUAAUGGCAUAUACCUCCUUGGGUCACGUUGCACCACGUGGUUUCAUUGAAGACCUCCCACCGUCUAUGGAUGACCCUGUAUUAGUAGGGAUGGCUAAAAAAUAUAAUAAGACAUCUAUUCAAGUGGUUCUAAGAUAUUCGAUUGACCGAGACCUCAUUCCGAUAGUAAGAUCUCAAAAUAAAAGCCACAUUGAAGAAAAUAUAAAUGUUUUCGAUUUCCGUUUAACUCAGAAAGAAAUUUACAGGAUCAACGAAUAUGAUGUGUAUACCAAAGUUCAUCCAUUGGCUAGAUAUAAACCACAUAUUUUCUAUAGUUUUUAUGAACCAUAGAUUUGGUAUAAUUUCUUAACUAUGCACUUGC